CUCUACUAGUCACUUGCAAGCUCUGCCCAGACGUGUGUUCAUGCAUCAUGGCGGUCGACGAAGACUAUGCACCCGAAGCAGAUGAUAUCAAUAUCGACGACGAUGAGGAUGAUAUCGAUCGGCCUGGUCCGAGCCGACAACGUAAAGGCAAAGGUCGAGCGAAUGGUCAGACUGGAGGGGACGGCAUGCAAACGUGGGAAGGAGCUUAUACUCGAUCAUGGGAUGUGAUUCAAGAGGACGAUGAGGAAGGAGGGCUACAGUCGACGGUAGAGAAGCUUCUGGCGAGAGGUAGGCGGAAGAGGGCCAUGGCUGGCGAAGGACCGAUUCGACGAUCCAUCAUUCGACACAUGUUUAUCAUCUUGGAUCUAUCUGAAUCGAUGCGGGAUAAAGACUUUCGUCCGACGAGGUGGGAAGUAACGUUGCAGUACCUUCGAGGAUACAUUGGAGAAUGGUUUGAUCAGAAUCCCCUGGGUCAGAUUGGAAUCGUCCUGAUGCGGGAUCGUCUAUCCGAGACACUGAUACCGAUGGGAGGCAACCCUCAAGAGAUUCUCGCUGCACUGGCGGAUAAACGGAAACUGGAACCAUCUGGUGAACCAAGUUUACAAAACGGUUUGACCAUGGCAAAAGGCGGCAUGGGUCACCUCCCCGUCACAUCCUCUCUUGAAAUACUCGUCAUUUUCUCCUCCAUCUCCACUGCUGAUCCCGAUGGCCCAACGUCGAUUCAACAAACAAUGAAAGAUCUCGUCCAAUCGCGUGUCCGAACCACCAUCAUCUCCCUCUCUGGGGAAAUAAAGAUAUGCAAGCAAAUCUCAGAACGAACAGGAGGAAAAUUCGGUGUCGCAAUGGACGAGGAUCACCUCAGGGAACUUCUAUGGGAGACUAUACCACCCCCUGCGCAGACUAUCGCAGCGCCACUCACCGUCGGAGUAAGGAACGCUCUGGCCGCCGGUGGAGUAGGUACAGGAGCAGGAGGGAGAAAUAAGCCUGCGCCUGCGGGAGAUCUCAUGGUGAUGGGUUUUCCUGUCCGUCUACCAUUGGGUGGAGAAACGAUGUGCGUCUGUCAUGGCAUCCUCAAAAAAGGAGGAUAUCUUUGCCCUCGAUGCGGGAGUAAACUUUGCGACGUACCGACAGAUUGCGAAGUCUGUGGGUUAAUGGUGGUGUCGAGUCCACACCUGGCGCGGAGCUUUUGGUUCUUGUUCCCUGUGGCAGAGUACGGCGUCACGCCUGCCGACACUGUUCAAGAGGAUCACACGUCUCGAAGAUUGGAGCCGACCUGUUUCGGAUGCGAUGAUCCAUUCCCCCUACUCGAUGAAAUCGCUGUAUCUGCCGGUGUCAAUCAAGUUGACGAGGCUGUCAGCCCAACAGGGCGAUACAGAUGCGCGAAGUGCAAGAACGACUUUUGUGUCAAUUGUGAUAUUUACGUCCAUCACACUUUGCACACUUGUCCGGGAUGCGCUCAGUAGUCGACCCGAUGAGCAGUCAUAUCGCAUCUUUCAGCGGAGAACCUGAGAGAGGGGUUUUCCUGCUGUACAAAUACAUCAAAGUAUAGUAAUAACGUCGCCAUGCAUGGCUUGCAGCAAA